CUGGAGCUGUGUUAGUGUGUUCCGAGCAGGAAUAUUCCCCCCUCCGUCUCAGAGGGGAGCGGCGGGGGGAAAGAUAUGGAUAAACUGACCAUUAUUUCUGGAUGUUUGUUUCUGGCUGCGGAUAUCUUUGCCAUCGCCAGUAUCGCGAACCCGGACUGGAUCAACACAGGCGAGUCUGCCGGAGCUCUCACAGUCGGCCUCGUCAGACAAUGUCAGACUAUUCAUGGACGUGACAGAACCUGUAUUCCACCAAGGCUCCCACCUGAGUGGGUAACCACGCUGUUUUUUAUCAUCAUGGGAAUCAUAUCAUUGACUGUUACUUGUGGCUUGCUAGUGGCCUCCCAUUGGAGAAGAGAAGCUACAAAAUAUGCCCGCUGGAUAGCAUUUACCGGCAUGAUCCUUUUCUGUAUGGCAGCAUUAAUAUUCCCAAUAGGAUUUUACAUCAAUGAAGUUGGAGGCCAACCCUACAAAUUGCCCAACAACACAGUAGUUGGAUCAUCUUAUGUACUUUUUGUUUUAUCCAUUUUCUUUACAAUAGUAGGACUUUUAUUUGCAGGCAAAGUUUGUUUACCUGGUUGAUUUAAGGGAAUUCACUUUUAUUUUUUAAUUGUAAUGGAUCAUUUCAUUUUUGGGGGCGGGAUUGGCAGGUUCAUCAGAGGACUCCUGAGGACAUUUGCCUUCACAGGAAAUUUCCUGAAAGGGACAUGAGAACCAAGAAGACAACCAACAUUGACGUUCUCGCUAUGCACUUUGGAUCAAAUGGAGAGCCUUUCUUUCCGUAACCAAAUACAAUUCUCAUUGACUUAUCUCCUGAGCAUAAACAUGCAGUCAGGUCUGCACUGUGACAGGACUUGUGAAGAAUGCUUUACACUGACAAGCAAACUGACCUUUAUUACUGUAUCCAAUUCCCAAUUUUAUUGUCGGAUUAUGGGAAUUGAAGAGGAAAAUUUAAAAGAAAAAAAAAAAAGCAGUAUUUAUGAACUUUGCAUAUGACCUAGCGGCAUUUCCAAGCCUAGUGAGGCUGGCCUCACUUACAAGAGGAAUAGAGAACUGGAGACGGAGGGAUUCGACAGUGCACCAAAAUAGGUUCACUGCCCCAACGAGCUAAGAGAUCAAACCUGUGCAACACUGUGGUGCCUGAUGGCUCAAAACUCGGUUACCCCAUUUUGGUUUGUGUUCCUCCUCACUUCAGUUUAAUGUGCUUUGUGCUCACCCAUUCAGAGAAGGGGGCCCACUGAAACACAGUACGCUUCCAUUUAUCAAUGUUCCUGUUGGUAUUGAAAGGAGAGGCAUUAAAAAAAAAAAAGUUA